CAAAUUAGUUGGAUGCGAUAAGAAGCACGUUCGACGUCAAGUCUGUAGUAAUGGCUUCUAAGCUGAAUCAUAUCAGAUAUGAAAUAAUGACGUCAGAACACGUGGACGAAGCAUCCCAUGUUUUAUCAGAGGCUUUUCUGCGUGGACAUCUACUGUCUAUUGCUGUAAAUCAACCAUACGAGGUUGAGCUGCCAUCAAACAUCAGUCUUUGCAAAUACUGUGUACAAGAGGGAGUUUCAAUGGUAGCUAUAGAUAAUCGCAUCGGAGAGGUCGUCGGAGUGAUAACAGGACUUCUUUGCCAUGGCAACGACAUUGAACUUGAAAAGCCAGACCACCCAAUGAUAACUGAUGAUAUUCUACCAUAUAUCAUGCCAGCUAUGAAGCCUUAUAUUUGGGCAUUGGAGAAAAACUUUUAUGAAUAUCCCGGCUUCAACAAAGAUCGUGACUGCAUGAUAUUAGUGAGUUGUAAGAUAGGUGUUCGUGAAGAUUAUGGUGGUAUAGGGAUUGGCACCAGAUUGGCUGAGUUGCGUGCUGAUUUGUGUAGAGAAAAGAGCAUAAAGUUUAUUCUGGCGUCUUCAACUGGAAUAAUCAGUCAAAGGUUGUAUUCAAAAUUAGGAUAUGAGUGCAUUGGUGAAAUUCCCUACAAUGAAUUUAAAAUUGAUGGUAAAAAACCAUUCGCAUCAAUAACAGCAUGUCCUUCUUCAAAGUUAUUUGUGCUAGAGUUGUAAUUACAGGAAAUACAAAUUAAAAUCACUAACAGCCAACAGAUGAAUAAGGGUUCCCAUUCCAAAGAGUGAAAAUGAAAAACCUAAGGUGCCAACAAAUGUUAAAUCAAGUAGUCAAUAACAUUACCCUCUGUUAUCACAAAUUAUAGUUCACGAUUCAUCACAGGUUAGUCAGUAUUGUUUUUUCCACUUUAUUCAAACUCUUUUGUGAUAAUUUCUAUUUCUUUUUUUAGAAUUGGCAACGACAUAUAUCAAGAACCAUAUUUGUUUCAUAAUAAUAACUACAAUUUUACAUCUAAAUAUUUUGGCAAUAGCUAUAUACAUGUAUGUAUUCCCGAUAUAGUGUAAUAUUUAACAAACAAACAAACGUGUAUCUGCAUCAUUAGUGUUAUAAAUUAGUUGAAGACAACAUAAAUCUCAACUGUAGGGUCAAUUGUAAGCAUUGUAAUUUCAAAUAAAAAACCACCUUCUAUAGUGACAAAAAGACUUGAAGGUUGUUAGUUAUGUAUCGCAAAUUCUCAAAAUAAAUAGAAACUGAUAGAAAUUGCCAA